CAAUCAAAUAAUGCAAAGAAAGUCAAAAAUAGCACUGACAAGACCAAAAGAACAUGUGUUUGAAACAUCACAACGCAUUCGAGCAAUUAAACUCAUAAGUUGAGUAGAGCUCGAAGAAGAAUUGAUGGCCAAAAUCCCAAAAUUCAAGGCUCGUCCAGUCAACAAAAAGAUACUCGAAGCUCCAACAUUACCCGCAAUGAAAAGAAGCACACCUCAGGUUCUGAAUUCCAAGAAUUUCGUUUGCAGACAAUGGAAAGAGCCAAUCAGAAUGCAGAAACUUCAACUGUUGUGUAAAAUGAAUCAACCCCAUAGAAAUGGAACCCAUAUCUUACUACACCUAAGACACCACCACUAAAAACGUUAGUGAGACCACGACCUCCAACCAUUAAAACAUCUGAAGAAUUAGAAAAAGAAGGACUGGAGAAAGCCCGUGAAUUCAAAGCCAGACCUUUGAACAA